AUGUCUAAUGCACUAGCAAAGGCUUCUCGGCUAAAACCUGAAAUUCGACUGGCGCAAGCAGUCUCACAGUUUACUGCUGACCUCUCGAGCGAUCAGAAAGCUGUCCUUCAGAAACUUCAGAAUGCUCCCCCAGAUACCAGCGACAUUAUGCGUCUUACAGCCGAGUUUGACCAUUGCGCAGCAAGAAGGGGAACUGGCGGACGUUGCUUUGGAACGAGAAUGACCAAUUUCCUCCAUGGCGUUCAGGUAUUCGCCCCCAUUGGGGACGUCAUGGUAGGCGGCUCCCAGAAUCUCAUUGCCUGUGGUGUCUGGGCGAUAUCGAUCGUGAAUUUCUCAGUGUAUCUUGAGAGAAUAUCUGGUCUCCUCAUGAAGGCUAGCCUCUCUACUCCCGUUUACCGGACUAUCGCCUCACUCUAUGCCAGAUCUCAUAGAUUGCAGUCACAUGUCACCGAAUACCUUGUUAUGGUAGUUCGUCUUUGUCAUAUGCUGUUCCGGUUUACCCAAAAGUCGACUAUUGGGAAGCUUGCGACGAGUCUUGAUGAUUCCGAGUUAAAAGCAUCCGAAUCAGACCUCCAUUUCUGGGCAAGUAUGAUCAAAGAGGAGGCAAGUAUCAUACAGGCUGAAAAGGCCGAAGGGGAAGCUAAAGAAAAUACCAAGUUCAGAGCUCUGUUGAGUAAAGGUUCCAGGGCUGCAUCGCUUGAGGAAAAAAUAAGAAAAAGACUACGAAUCCUCGAGUUUUGCUCUACUUACGAUUACGAGACACCAUGGAAGCAGAUUCGAAAGAUCGGCAAUGCAACUAUUUUCAAAGAAACGGUCGACUACAAGGACUGGCGAGAUAAAUCAACUUCCAGUACGCUUCUGUAUACAAGCAAACUAGGCUCUGGAAAAUCCGUGUUACUAGCCAAUAUUGUCGACGACCUGAAUCUUUUCAUUCAGAAUAAAGAUAUCCCAGUGACUUAUUUUUUCUGCCGUCAUGACAUUCCUGAAAGUUUGGAAACUAAGACAAUCAUCCAGUCCCUCGUUCGACAAUUGCUACGCCCCAUCGCAGAUCUUGAAAUGGUGGGCGAUUCUUUCGUUGAUACAACGUCGCCUCCAGAUUUUGAGCACUUGUUAAAAAUGCUUCGCCGCAACCUUCCAACUACAUACAAAGCGUAUUUCGUCCUAGAUGGGCUGGAUGAAUGUGACACUAUGGAAAGAGAGACGCUGAUUAUACAGCUCCGACGGCUCCAAGCCGCAUUUACAAUUCUUCUUUGUGUUUCGUUCAGACUAGAGCCUGAUAAUGUUUUGAAAUUGAGUGCAUACGAGUUUACUAUCCCAACGCGCACCUCAAUUCCAGAAGACAACCCCGAUAUCCAGGAUUUUAUACAAAAAGAACUGGAGAACCGCCUCAAGUCGAAAAAGCUAAUAAUAGGAGAUCCUAAUCUAAUUUUGGAAAUCCAGGAUGCUCUCCUCCGUGGGGCUCAAGGGAUGUUUCUCUGGGUGGCUCUCCAAAUCAUGUCAUUGUGCAGCAUGAGAACAGACGAUGCUAUACGUCAAGCCCUGGUGGAUCUUCCCAAAACCCUUUCGGAAACAUUCGCUCGCAUUCUAGCGAGGUCGGAAGUGGUAGAUCAACCGUACCAGAGGCGGAUCCUAGAGCUCAUCACUGUGGCUCAUCGUCCGUUGUACGUUGAGGAGCUUCAAGAAGCACUGAGCGUAGAUCCAGGCAAUACGACCUGGAACAUGGCGAGCUUUAUCAAUGACAUAUACUCUACCCUAACAUGUUGCGGGAGUCUCGUUGUGGUCGGUGAAGAAGAAUUUACAGUGCAACUUGUGCAUCACAGCUUCAAGCAAUUCCUCCUAGCCGGGCCCGAGGUCUCUACAAGCGUCAGGUUCACAGUAGCUGAUGCAAACCAGACAAUGGCAAAUGUCAUUGUCACCUACCUCAACUACGGCACUUUUGACCACCAGUUGUCCACUCUUGCGGCCCCGGAAAUCAAAAUAAUGGCUGGAUCAAUACCAGGCAAUAUCAUUCGUUCGACCCUGGAAUCCUCAAGCAGAGUUCAGGAUUUUGCACUAAUGCUUUUGAAGUCCAAGCGAAUGCCCGACUGUGACGUUGGAGAAAGCCUCGUGGCAGCAUGCAAGUCUUCUAAUACCCGUUCCUUUGGCCCAUUUCACCUUUAUUCAUAUGCAAGGCUAUACUGGCAGCAGCACAUAUUAGGAAUUUCGGAGCCAGGCCCAGUCAUCAAAAACUUACUACCCCAUUUACUCAAAACGUUGAAAAAAGUUACAAAUUUAAAAGAGGUAGGUAGCAAGACGAUUUUGUCACAAGCAAUAUGGCAAGGUCAUCUUGCUUUGAUCAUUCUGCUGCUCACGACUAUCAAGACCAACGACGAAAGAUGCGGCUAUGAAUUACCGUCCCAGUGGGAUGAAGCGAACGUAUACGAGGCUCUAGUUAGAUAUGUGUUGCAGCCAGCAGGCGGAUCAGAGCCGACAUCUGUUUUGAGAAAUCAAACGCUACUCUCAUGGGCAGCAGAGAAUGGACAUGAGACUUUGGUCAAAUUGUUACUUGUAACUGGCAAAGUCAAUAUUGAGUCGAAAGACUUGAACGGGCAAACACCGCUAUCUUUGGCAGCAAUGAAUGGACACGAGGUCGCGGUUAGAGUGUUGCUUACCACGGACAGGGUCGACGUUGCCUCGACAGAUACACAGGGUCGAACACCUCUAAUAUAUGCAGCCAAAAACGGGCAUGCGGGUACAGCUAAAUUGUUGCUUGCAACGGGCGAAGCCAAUAUUAUAUGGGAAGAUAAAUUCGGAAAAACGGCACUAACUAUGGCAACGGAUGAAAGCCACGAAGCUAUGCGCCAUCUCUUAUCAACGUUUUUCCGGACCCUCAAGAAAUCGCACAAAGAGCAGACUCGUCGGCUGUACGCCAAUGUGCAGGCUGCAGUCACCGAAUAUGACCAUCUCUUCGUAUUCGCCGUUGACAACAUGCGAAAUACGUACCUGAAGGAUGUACGCGCAGAGUUUGCCGAUAGUCGACUCUUCUUCGGUAAGACCAAGGUCAUGGCAAUCGCGCUGGGAAUGACCCCUGAAACUGCCUACGCGCCAAAUCUCAACCGCCUCACACCUUACCUCACCGGCGCAGUUGGAUUGUUAUUCACAUCUCGCGACCCUCAAUCGGUCCUCGACUACUUUGAAUCGUUCCAUCCGCUUGACUUUGCUCGUGCAGGGAACGUGACACCUCGCUCUUUCACGAUACCCAGCGGCGUGGUAUAUUCACGAGCAGGCGAGAUACCCACUGAAGAUGAUGAGCCAAUCAGCCACACGGUCGAGCCUACUCUGCGGAAGUUGAACGUUCCAACGAGGUUGGUGAAGGGAAAAGUCACGCUGGAAAUGGAGGGAGACGGGUAUCAGGUCUGUAAGGCCGGUGAAGAGUUGGACUCUAGGCAAUCGACGCUUCUGAAGAUGUUUGGUGUUGCGGUUGCGGAAUUCAAGGUGGAGAUGAAGGCCCGUUGGGUGAAGGAGAGUGGAGAGAUUGUGGUUUUAGAAAAGCAGGAAACAAUGGAAGUCGACCCGUGA